CGUCCAGGCUUUCCUCCCUCUCCGCCCCCUGCAGGUCUCCUUUUGACUGCUUUUCCUGCUGCUCAGUGACCUCUCAUAAAACCGUAUGGGGUGUUUUCCGACGCUGAUCCCAUCCCCAUCCCCAACCUGAAAAAGAAAAAAAUACGAACCGUUGUCUUCUCUCCUAUCAACCAACCCUCCCUCUUCCCAUCUUCCCCCCCCCAUAAAUCUGGGAAACAAACACCGAUACACAAUAUCAUAUCAUCGUCACCCAUCCAUCGCACCCGUCUUCCCUAAUGCCUGGGAGCACCGGGUGAUUGAUCGAUCCAUCAAGACGCCGUCCUCUCUUUCCCUCCCUCUCGCUCUUCGUCGUCACCAGCUGUAUAGCUAACUUCAGGCCCCCCCCCCCCGCGAAGACACGCUGUCUGUUUUUGCUGUCCUUCUUUGUCCUCCCGCGAAGGUCAACCUUAACCCUCGCGCGGUCCCUGCAUCACCUCGUCUGUGUUCGGCCUAACGCUGCGUGGUGACUCGGAUCGUCGCCACGAGCUUCGUAACGCGCGUUGCAACCCAGACAGAGACGGCAACUGCAUCGGUCAGCGUCAUCGCUCCCCUUUCCGACGACGGCUACGCUAGCCGACCGUAAACAUGGCUUAUAACGGCGGCGGCGGCGGCGGCAACGAAUACGACGGGCAUAGACUUCAGGACAUGCCCGCUGGCAGCACGUACCAUCUCCCCCCGCAAGACCAAGACGAGGAUGAAUCCCAGCGUCACCUCCUCGGACAGACCCCGGGCCAUCACUACGAGCAAGACCGGUUGGGCACCGGCACUCCUCCCGCCCGUCCCGUUUCGGCCUACAGUCUUACCGAAUCAUAUGCCACCACCGCCCCUCCCGUCACCCAAUCCCCUGCGCCGCAGUAUGGUGGCAGCGAGUACGCGAGCGGUGCUUUCACGGGACACCAGCUAGAGGACACCGGCUUUGGCUAUGGCAGGCCGGCGUCUACCGUCGAUAGCGACGAUAGCUGGAUACGCCGACAACAGCCCGGCGGCGGCGGCGGCGGCUUGAAACGUUACGCCACCCGCAAGGUGAAGCUGGUCCAGGGCUCCGUUCUCAGCGUUGAUUAUCCCGUACCCAGUGCCAUCAAGAAUGCCGUGCAGACCAAAUACCGUGAUACCGAGGGCGGCAGCGGAGAGUUCCUCAACAUGCGGUACACCGCCGCCACCUGCGAUCCUAACGACUUCACCCUGAAGAAUGGUUACGAUCUACGGCCCAGGACAUACAACCGACACACCGAACUGCUCAUCGCCAUUACGUAUUACAAUGAAGACAAGCAGCUGUUCGCCCGAACGCUGCACGGUGUCAUGCAGAACAUCCGUGACAUCGUGAACCUGAAGAAGUCCACCUUCUGGAACAAGGGCGGCCCCGCCUGGCAGAAGAUCGUGGUCUGCUUCGUCUUCGACGGGAUCGACAAGGCCGACAAGGAGACCCUCGACGUCCUCGCCACCAUCGGCGUCUUCCAGGAUGGCAUCAUCAAGAAGGAGGUCAACGGCAAGGAGACGGUCGCCCAUGUCUUCGAGUACACCACCCAGCUGUCCGUCACCGCCAACCAACAGCUCAUCCGCCCGAUUGACGACAGCCCCCAGACCCUGCCGCCCGUGCAGAUGAUCUUCUGCCUGAAGCAGAAGAACAGCAAGAAGAUCAACUCCCAUCGUUGGCUGUUCAACGCCUUUGGCCGCAUCCUGAACCCCGAAGUGUGCAUCCUGCUCGACGCCGGUACCAAGCCCGGUUCCAAGUCGCUCCUCGCGCUCUGGGAGGGCUUCUACAACGAUAAGGAUCUCGGUGGCGCUUGCGGUGAGAUCCACGCCAUGUUGGGCAAGGGCGGCAAGAAGCUCUUGAAUCCCCUCGUCGCUGUCCAGAACUUCGAGUACAAGAUCUCGAACAUCCUGGACAAGCCGCUCGAGAGUUCGUUCGGCUACGUCUCCGUGUUGCCCGGUGCUUUCUCGGCCUAUCGAUUCCGAGCCAUCAUGGGCCGGCCGCUGGAGCAGUACUUCCACGGUGACCACACCUUGUCCAAGAUCCUGGGCAAGAAGGGUAUCGAGGGCAUGAACAUCUUCAAGAAGAACAUGUUCUUGGCCGAGGAUCGUAUCCUGUGUUUCGAGCUCGUCGCCAAGGCCGGCUCCAAGUGGCAUCUGACGUAUAUCAAGGCCGCCAAGGGCGAGACCGACGUGCCCGAGGGCGCGCCUGAGUUCAUCAGCCAACGGCGACGUUGGCUCAACGGCUCGUUCGCCGCCUCGCUCUACUCGCUGAUGCACUUCGGCCGCAUGUACAAGAGCGGUCACAACAUCAUCCGCAUGUUCUUCUUCCACAUCCAGCUCCUCUACAACGUCGUCAACGUCUUGUUCACCUGGUUCAGCUUGGCAUCGUACUAUCUCACGACCACCGUCAUCAUGGAUCUCGUCGGCACGCCUACCGCCGGCGGUCCUAAUAGCGCCGAGCGGCACGGCUGGCCCUUCGGCGACACGGCCACGCCCAUCGUCAACAUCGUCCUCCAGUACCUGUACCUCGCCUUCCUCAUCCUGCAGUUCGUCCUCGCCCUCGGUAACCGUCCUAAGGGUACCAAGUGGCAGUACGUGACGUCAUUCUGCGUGUUCGGAUUCAUCCAGCUCUACAUCCUCAUCCUGUCCGGUUACCUCGUCGUGUCGGCCUUCCAGCCAGAGAACCUCAACUCGGGUCAGAGCGCGGGCGACGCGCUCAAGGAGAUGUUCACGGGGCAGUCAGAGGUGGCGAUCAUCAUCCUGGCGCUGCUCGCGACGUUCGGUCUGUACUACAUCGCCUCAUUCAUGUAUCUGGACCCGUGGCACAUGUUCCACUCGUUCCCGUCUUACAUGAUACUCAUGUCGACGUACAUCAACGUGCUGAUGGUGUACGCGUUCAACAACUGGCACGACGUGUCGUGGGGUACCAAAGGUUCGGACAAGGCCGACGCGAUCCCCAAGGCCCAGGUCAUCAAGGACGAGAAGGGCGAGGCCGCCAUCGAGGAGGUCGACAAGCCGCAGGAGGAUAUCGACAGCCAGUUCGAGCAGACGGUCAAGCGCGCCCUCGCUCCCUUCAAGCCGGAACCCGAGGCCGACGAGAAGGACCUCGAGGACUCGUACAAGUCUUUCCGUACCUCGCUGGUCAUCGCUUGGCUGUUCUCCAACUGUGCCCUCAUCGUCGGUGUCACUAGUGAUGAGCUUGCAACGUUUGGUAUCGGCGGCACGACCACGGACCGAACGGCGCAGUUCUUCAAGUUCCUGCUAAUCUGCACGGCCUGCCUCUCCCUGAUCCGUUUUAUCGGAUGCUGCUGGUUCCUCGGCCGGACGGGCAUCAUGUGCUGCUUCGCCAGGCGGUAAAGGACGUUAUGGCGACGGCGUAAUUGGGAUAUCGAGAUUUAUACCCGUGUGUCAUGUUUACCAAUGUGGCUCAUCUCUCUAGGACCUGGCGUCAAACACAUACUUGUUUCUACAGCUGGAUAGACAGAUGGACGGAGAGCGGGAAGGGCUGGGGGUGGGAGGGGAAGGAAGGCGGAGGGACAACUUGGUUUGCGAGAUAGGGAGACGGAACCCAGAAAAGUUACAGUUGCGGCCGCGCCGUUGUCCUUUGAACAAUAUCUCGUUGUGGCAUUACUUUCGGCGUUGUUGCCUUCUUCUCCUUAUACACUCAUAAUGUCUCCCGACUGGAUAUCAGUGCCGACUUGUUAGGAUGUUGCAGUUGCUGUUAAUGUUGCUAUUGCUCCGUACCGAAUGUUCGUCCCUGGUUCCGUCUCUCCCAUGUAUACAGAUAACCUACAAUAUAAGAAGAACAUUUAUAUAUA